CCGGGCGGGGGCCAUGCCGUGCCGGCGGGAGGAGGAGGAGGACGCCGGCGAGGAUGCGGAGGGGGAGGACGACGAGAGCCUCCUCCUGCUGGAGCGGUCGGUGGCGCUGGGCGGCUCGGCCGAGGUGGACCGGCUGGUGGCCCAGAUCGGCGAGACGCUGCAGCUGGACGCGGCGCACGACGGCCCGGCCUCCCCGCGCGCGCCCCCGGGGCCUCCGCUGCGGCCGCCGGCUGCCGUGCGAAUGGACAAGGCCCGGCCCCCCGCGCUGCCGCUGCUCCUGCCGCGCGCGCCGGCCGAGGCGGCGGGCCCGGCGCCCCCGGGGGCCCUGCGCUGCGCCCUCGGGGACCGCGGCCGCGUGCGGGGCCGGGCUGCGCCCUAUUUCGUGGCGGAGCUCGCCGCGGGCCCCAGCGCUCUGACGGGGCCGUGCCGGCGAGGAUGGCUCCGGGGCGCCGUCUCCUCCCGUCGCCUGCAGCAGCGACGAUGGCCCCCGACUGGGGCUCGUGCCCGCGACGACGACCCUCACCGGCUCCUGCAGCAGCUCGUGCUCUCGGGAAACCUCAUCAAGGAGGCCGUGCGGAGGCUCCAGCGUGCAGUCGCCGCGGUCGCGGCCACGGGCCCCGCCGGCGCCCCUGCGCCCGGGGGCGGCCGCGGCGGACCGGAUACCGUUUCCCUGCAACCCUCUGGCACCUUGCUCUGACCCGGGGCCCGAGAGGAGGCCUCCACGCUGAUGCAUCAAUGUCCGGCCGUCACCAAGCCCGAGCCGAAGCCGCCGUCGCCGUCCUGCGAGCGAUCGCCUAGACUUCGGGGAAGCGGGUGGGCAGAGACCUCAAGCCGAAGUUACUGGCCCCAGCGAGGCUGUCGGAGAAAACUUGAACUUGGAAAAAUGCACUGCAUGGGCCAGGACGCUUCCGUGCCGCGUGAGAAUUCCCCGGCCAGAUCGGGGCCGAGGACCUCAGAUAAACUGAGAGAACUAUGGCAGCUACUUGCAUUGACUUGUACCUGAUUAACCCUUGGGGGCAUCGUGUGUUUGGAUUGCUUAAGGAUAGGGCUCCAAGGGGUGGGAAUCGCGAGGGCUUUUUAACAGUACUUGAAAACUAAUGACACAUUUUCUUUAUUUUAUGGUGGAGGAGCUUAGUGAAAAUGGUGCUACAAUUGCUGUGCAAAGAAAUUUCCUGAGGGGGAAAAAAAGAAUGUAUAAGCUUGGUGGUGGGUGGCUAGGCAUCAACCCCCUUCUCCCACCUGACUGGUGGGGGUGGGAGAUUUGAACUCCAGUUUGAGGGUGGGGGGGCGGUCAAGGGAAGGUAGAGGAUUUUUGAAAGUGGUGAGUUGGGGUUGAAUGUGUACUUUUAAAUGACUUGACCUUGUCACCUGUGGUUCAAGGUCAUUGUGUGCUGUACUUGGAAGGCUGUGGAGUUCCUGGGAGAGCUCACUCACCCCCUUGACUUUCUCUCUUGCUCCAGGAAGACCCCUGUCUGUGCUUUGCUACCUCUUCGAGUCUCCUGAGGACACACAGGCAUGUGGGAAGAGUUGUUUUUUAUGCUUUCCUCUUUCCAGAAGGCCGUCUUCUCCCGUGAGGCCACUCUUGGCCAUGCCAUGAGCUUUCUCAGAAACAGUCAUAAACAACCUCUGGAGUCUCUUUCCUGUCCUCCCGGAUGGCCUUCCUUAUCCCACUCUUUCUGGUGUCUGCAGCAGGGUGGAUGAGACUGGUUGUUUUUCUGCUCUUUUCUGGUCUCCGUGGAGCCCUGGGCCGGAUCCUCCCCUGGGGCCUCACCCCUCAGUUUCCUCCUGCCACCAGCUCUUCUUUGUGAGUGACUGAAACCUUUUAUAAAAUGUGACUCUCCGAGAGGAGAAACUGUUGGCUCUACCCUAGUGAAACUUGAUGGCGCUUUAAGUAAGCUGCCACCCCCGAACUUUAAGGUAGCCAAAUCAAUUUUAAAAAAUUCAAUGGCUUGUACAUCCUCCAGAUGUAGCUAUUGAUGUACACUUCGCACCGGAGUGUCUGGAAUUGUGGUGGUCCUGAUUUAUAGGAUUUCUUAAUUAAAAUGUCUGCUGAAUAAAUUUGAUUUUUGUUUUGGAGCAUGGCUUGACUUUUUGGUGGAAGGUGGGAGGAAGGUAAACAGGUAAUAAUAGAGUGCACUUGCUGGGGAUGGGGGUCUGGGCAAAUGUUUGGGGUCAGCUCAGCACAGAAUACCAAUAGAGUUCCAGUACUUGAGUAUUUCUGCACUGAUACUCCACAAGUUCAGCAAAUUAAGUACAAGUUUUUAUAAGCUACUUGAUGGGCUUCCCCUCUCUUUGUGGAAUAAGAACUUAUUCCAGAAACACGUUCUAGGUUGGAGGUCAGAGGCCAAGCUAUUUGCUUUGUCUGGAGGAAAAUGGAGGGGUUGUGAGUUUUCAUCUGAAUUUCUUGUAUGUGAAGAAUGGGGAGGGCACAAGCUGGUGUUCUCCCUUGAGACACCCAGUCUUGAACGGUGACCUAGGAAAAAGAAAACAGGGUUUGGUUUUUGUUUUUAAAGAUUUUUUUAAAUGUAUUUAUGCACACGAGAACUGGGUUGUAGGCCAGAGGUAGGGAGGAGGGGUGAGAGGAUUCGCCAGAGACAGAGUGGGGAGCACAACAGGUGGAUCUACUGAAAUACACUGCUGAGGGGAGCAGUGGGCAAGACAAGAGAGGCUGUGCCAUAUAUGGGUUAGCUUCCUGGCUGGGAUCAAACUCAUGCUGCAAUGUCUGGCGAUAGCUUGAUGGAAUUGAGACUUUAACCUGUGUGUCACUAGGGAGGCCUAGGGUUUGGUUUUUGGUAGCUGUAAAUUGGUUUAGUUUGAGCAGACAAGGGUUAAAAUAAUUUAAGCGGCCCCUAGAUCUCUUGCCCUGAGUUCCGUCUGCCCCAAGCAUAGAAAUCUUGCUAAGUCCCUUCCAAAUUGCUCCCUGGCCCUUUUCAAGGAAGCCUUUAUUGGUACACUCCAGUUGCGCUAACCAGCUCUCAGGGACCUCUGCUUGGCACCUCUUCCUUGCCUGCCUGCUACUCCUCCACUCUGGAUCUGCAGAAGGAGGCUGGUGAUCAGUGACUUGGUUUGACUCAGCCCUGCUGCUCACCAGCUGUGUCCUAGGGAGCAAGUCACUGCUGUUUUUUUCCUUGAAGCAAUAGUACUUCAUAGGGGAGUUGGAGGGUUAAAUGAGGACUUGAGGUGUCUAGGACAUGUAGUGUUCAAAAAUGAUUAGCUGCUCAUUCUUUGAAUCACUACAGCCUUUUCCUCCUCUGGGGGACCCAUAUUCUCCUAAAUGUGCCCCACUUACUCUCCUUAACACUCCAGCCAUCCCUUUUUUCCACUUUGAGCACAUGCUGUCCCUAACCUUUUCUGCAGCUGUACCCUUUUAAGUACCUUUUCCUGAACUUCCAAAAGGAUGUCUCCAAAUGGCCCGUGCCUCUGCUCUCAUCUUUCUGGGGAAUAGCACUCACUGCGCAUACGCAUGCCAGGGACUGUUCUGCGUGCUGUAAAUCGUAUUUCAUAUUCUGCCUUUAUGUGCCGUGAGGUAGGCACUCUUUCCUCUAGUUUAUAAAUCAGGACACUAAGGCCCAGGAGAUUAAGUCAUUUGCCUGAAGUCACCUUUUAAAUGUUGGAGCUGGGAUUUGAAACCAAGUAGGCUGGCCCUAGAAUCUGCUGCUUCUGUCAACCUGAUCCUCCAGUCAUACUGAACGUGAUGAGACUUAAUACCAUUUUAUUUUAUUUUUUUUUUAAGAAGUGGGGUAUGGGCCAGAGUUGUGGGGGGUGAGAAGAUUCACCAGAGAGAGUGGGGAGUGCAACAGGCAGAUGUACACUGCUGAGGGGAGCAGCGGGUGAGACAGCAGAGGUCUGCCGCUCCAUUUGGCUUGCUCCCCGGCUGGCCAGGGAUCGAACUCGCACCACAAAGGCCUCAGACAGCUUCACAGCACAGCGCUCAACCCCCUGUGCCACCAGGGAGGCCUAACCCCAUUUUCUUAUGAUGAUUGAAGUUCUCAAUAGCAUCCUACAAACUCUGACCCACUAAAUAAUACAAUAGCAUUCCCAUCCACAUGUGUGCAGGUUGCUUCUAGGGUGAGGCAGCUUUCAUAUAUCCUGGAAAACCCAUAGGCAGGUUUGCAGGAGAGGCCACAAUAUUAUAUAUGGCUGCUUGCUGCUUUUAGACUCUCGAGUCCUUUUAAGAUAAAGGCAUAGGACCAAGAUGGUGAGGUUUCAUCUGGUGCCAACAUCCUAUGGCUCUGAAAUAUGGCCAGAAUAGCACUCAGGAAUGAAAUUAGAAUGGUUACUACAGGAUAAGAAAAUCUACAGGACCUGAAAAGCAAGGGAAAGAGAACUAACAGCCGUGUUAUAGGCUGUGCUCUGAUAGGCACCUUCUACAACAUGUUACUUGGGGAGAGGAAUUUUUAGUGGUCGAACAGUUUUUAAACUCAUGACUCUUAAGUCAAUUGUGAUGCCUCCAGUUCUAACCCACCCACCCACACCUUCCUUUAUGAACCCCAGUUCCUACUACUGAUCCUGCCGUUCGCAAAGGCUAUAGAGAGCUUCAUGCUGGUCUCAGGCCUAGCAAGUAUCUGCAUGUCAAGGAAGUGAUGUCCAUUUCCAAGUUGCUGCUGCUUGGAAAAAGCUAAUAUUUGACUGAGGAAUGAUUUGGGCUGGGAGAUCCCUAUACCCUUGGAGUGAAUGGACAGAGUUAAGACAACUCUGCCUUCUGAAGGGGCCAAGGCCUAGGUUUCCCUGAUAAAUUCUGUAAAUCUUGAGCCCUGAAGGACCAGAACAAGGAGGGAACUAGCAAAGAGGAGUAUGUGUGUGUACAUUCGUUGAGGGAUACGUGGACUGGUAGUAAGAGUUUCAUGUAAGAAAUUACAGGGACAGGGCCUUCCCGGUGGCGCAGCGGUUGA